AUGUCAGAAUCCACGGAAGAUCUCAAACAUGAUGGUAAUCGUUUCUUCCAACAGGGACGAUAUCAAGAAGCUAUUGAUGCCUAUAGUAAAGCUAUUAUCAGAAAUCCACAUGUAUCUACUUAUUUCACUAACCGAGCCCUUUGUCAUAUGAACCUAAAAGCAUGGAGCAAAGCUGCCGAGGAUUGCUCAAAAGCUGCAUUUUUGGAUAGAAAUAAUGUCAAAGUUGGUUUUGCGGUUUUGGUGAGGUGA